AUGUCCGUAUCGCCAUCUUAUGAACCCGACAAUCAAUCUGCUGUUCCAGGAGAGGAUUUCUGUGAUCUUUCAUAUGAUUUCGGAGAACCAGAUCCAUUUGUACUACUAGACGAUUCAGAGAAUACACCAGGGCGCAAGCGAAUGCCCGCGGACGACCUCCUUCUCAUCUGGAUGAAUGAACGCGAUUUAUUUCUGGCGGAACUGCUGCGGCACGAGGGACGCGGAGGUUACACUUCUGAUGUGUGUCCUGGAUGUCCAUGUCCAACAUCGACUCCCCCUCGAUAUCGGUGUCAGGACUGCUUAGAUUCACAAUUAUACUGUGGUCUCUGUAUCAUCCAGUAUCACAUAUGGUUGCCUACUCAUCAUAUAGAGGAAUGGACUGGUCAAUUUUUUCAGCGCAUUUCAUUGAAAACUAUGGGUCUUCGCGUACAGCUUGGUCAUACAAUUGGCGAACGGUGUAUUCUUCCAAAGAAAGCAUUCAAUGAUGAAUUUGUUCUCAUUGACACAAAUGGCGUACAUGAGAUUGGGCUGGACUUCUGUGGUUGCACGACCUCCCAGACACAUACCAAGCAACUAUUGCGCGCUGGUUGGUAUCCAUCGACUUCUACUGAUCCACGAUUGGCCGCAACAUUUCGUGUUCUUCAUCACUAUCAUGUCCUAUCCUUUGAAUCAAAGACCUCCGCAUAUGAGUUUUAUCAUUCACUGGUUCGUUUAACAGACAACACGGGCUUGACGCGACAAAAGGACCAUUAUGAAUCUUUCAUGCGCAUGAUUCGUCAAUGGCGUCAUUUAGUGAUGUUAAAACGCUCAGGUCGCGGCCAUGAUCCAAGUGGUGUGGCAGGUACUUCAGAGGAUCAGUGUGCUGUGCUAUGCCCUGCAUCGAUUGAUGCCAACUUUCGUCUGAAAAGACGUGCCGUGUCAUCCGACGAGACUGAUCCCAGCCUUUCACAAGGUUGGGCUUAUUUCAUAGAGGAGAAAUCUUACAAGUCUUACAUCUUGGACAGGAUUGGAGACGUACAAGAGAAAAGCACAUGCUCGAACCAUAAUGCCGUGAAUAUGGCAGAAACCAAAUCGUCUCAAGGACUUGCGGCAACGGGAGUGGGUACUGUUGAUUGCGCACGUCAUAAUAUGAAGCGUCCCAAUGGAGUCGGCGACCUUCAAAAGGGAGAGAAGUACUUGAACAUGGAUUAUUUGUUUUUCUCAUCACUACGACACUCGACGGUGGAUGCCUUGAACGUGUCAUAUGACAUUGCUUGCCAAUGGCACAAGCAUCUUUGGUCGCGCAUGCUGUCUUUGCCGCCUUCACACCACUUGAAUUAUGUUGCGAGGACGAUCCGUUUUUUUGUGCCUAAGUUUCAUCUCCCUGCGCACGUCUCCAAGUGCCAAACCAUUUUUUCGUUCAACUUUACUCGCUUUGUGGGGCGCACAGAUGGCGAGGCACCAGAGCGAGGCUGGUCCAAUAUCAAUCCUGUAGCUUCAAGCACGAAGGCUAUGGGUCCAGGAUGUCGUCGAGACACACUAGACGACCAUUUCGGCGACUGGAACUGGAAGAAAGUGGUUGGACUCGGAUCAUUUCUCUUGCUCAAGAUAAAAGAAGCUCAGACAGAAAAGGCUGAACACGGUGCUGCUUUCGAGGAGUUUGAUAGCGUCAUUUCUUCUGAAAACCGCAUGGCCUGGAAGGCUGAAAUGGAGGCAUGGGAGGAAAACCCGAACAAUACGACAGUUACCAACCCAUUAGAGCCGAAAGGCAUCACAAUUACGCAAGCCAGUGCGCGCUUGAGUUUGGCCCAGCUCGAGGCCGAGGAGCUCGAGCGUGGUGUAGAUCUUUCACUUCACCCUGACGUAUCGCCAAGUGUACUCGUUGCAUCAGGUAUGGACCUCGAAGAAGAACAACGGCGUUUGAAGGUCGUAGCCGACAAUCUGGGCGUUCAUGCCACAGAUACACAGAAAUUGAGUGUCCUCCGCACAAGGAUUUCUCUUCGUCGAAAGAUUGACUCAUGGAGGCAGACCCAACUUCUGUACGUGCCAUCGGUGCAAGUGCUUGUCACCGCGUCAGCAACCAGUGAUCUCGAUAAUGCUGAGCUCAUAAAACUGUGGCUCCCGUCUGCAUUGAAUGGCAAUGCUUGCGAUCCCCACCUCCAGCAUAUCGAGUGGGAGUUGCGGUUUGCGCAAGCUCACGACGCUUUAGAAGAACUUAGGCAGUGCCUCCGUGUACACUGCUCCCUCUUAAAUUUCAAGAGAGAGUGGAUUCGAGGCCAAGGGGCCAACACUCGGGCUCAAAAUGCACUCACACGUGUACAUGCCAGGCAGGCGGCCUGCGUGAAGCGCUAUAGGACCGCAUGGGGGGCGCUCAAACGUCUCGCACCCAUUCUGAAGAAAGACCUCUCUGAUGACGAUGUGAAGCCACUCAUUGAUCCAUUUGCCACUCAGGGAGAGGGAAGGCGAAGGCUAACAUGGAUUUGGAUGAUGGACGGUUAUUUGCUAGGUGUUCGCGUUGAAUGGUGUAAAUCCCGUGCUAGGGCGCUUCGUUGGGCUGAAGAAGUAGAUCUUCUCCAGGAGGAGAUGCGCCGGGUCCUGCAAUUUUUUAAUUGGCAGGCAAAUUGGUGGGAAGGGCAGGGAGUCCUCCAGGUCUACGAGUCCGCCCCCUGCAAUGGAGAAGAACAAGGAACUGCUGCCCGCCGUGAGGCUGCUGCCCGGGAUGAAGGCCUAUGUGCUUAUGCAUCGCAGCAAGCCAAUAUUCGCCAUCGCCUCACUGCCCGUUUUUGCAGCAUAUGGGCCCCAUUUAUUUCUCCACAAGAUAUACUGGGCAAUCCGACUGCCAUGUUACCGAUCCCGGGUAAUAUGCCCUGA